ACUCGACACCUCAACCCUAUCCAUUUUGUACUCCUUUCUGCCACCAUGGUUCUUCUGCUGCUAUGGAGGAAACCACCACCGACCGAGAUAUACAUAUGCAUAUCCCCAUAUAUCCCAAUUCCAAUGACUACCACCAAACUAAAGGAAACCAGCCAACCAGUCGGGAGAGUAAAUACUAACAAAAAGUGUCAUUUGAUAAUACAGGAAUUAAAGGGCUCGAAGUAGUGUUUAAUUGAUCCUCAGGGCCCCUAGUGGUCAGUUAACUUGUGUGGAAUGAGACCCGAUCUUCUUCUGGAAUAUGUGAGUGCACAACUUUCUCCAGAGGACGAUGAGGCCACUGCCUGAAAUUCGACCGUCAAACAACAAUAAUACCACCACGACAAGUAAGGCAAGCUUGAGCAACGGGGACCUGGAAUUGGGGGGACUCUCACACUCUGGGAAACUUCUCUCGGUCAGCAACAAUAAUGCGGCAACAUCCGGACCCGAAAGACCCCUCAUCGUGACCAGAUCCAAGACGGUGAAAGUACUGCGGUCUGGCCGGAGCAGAGCGUUGCAUUCCUCGUCACCCUGGAAGAAGGACAAGGAGUCGAACCACCACCAACAUCAUGUCAACGGCUACGCAAAAAAUCUCAAGAAUCGAGCCCUCAACGGGAUCAGCUCGUCGAAACACAGGAACAAUAAUCAUCAUCAUGGAGCGUCGCGUGAUACGACGGCGUCGUCGUCGUCAUCACGGACACGGUCUCCAAACAAGAAUUCUUCCACAUCAUCUCCAGGAAAAAUCCGCUCCUCUGCGUAUGCCAAGCAUUACAAGAGUUAUCGAAGAAACUCCUCCACUACUCGUCGGAAUUUAAUGCUGAGUCGCUCCCCAUCCACGCCCCCACCACCGUCGUCGUCUUCCUCCCCGUCGUCGCCUCAAAGAAACCAAAGAUCUCUCAAGUUCAAGUCCACAACCCCAAAUUCUGGGAGGUUACGACUACGUCCGGGUGACCUUCAUGGGACCACUCGGACGACGCAACAAGGGAGAAGGCCAGUGCAAAAGGUGAAUAUCGAGAAAAGGAAGCCAAAGAAUCGUCCAACGUCCCCACUAACGAAUGGGGCGAGGUCACCCAUCCAGUCCUCUUCCCACUCUUCCGUUAUUCAUCCCAACAGGUUGGCGAAAUCGAGGUCCACGUCGGCGUCAUCCUCCACUUGCUCCACACCUCUCUCAUCCCCAAAAUUUAGCAAGGACAAGGACAAGGACAAGGUGCAGAGAAGGUCCGCUUUGUGGGUGCUGAAUUGUGAGGCCGAAGAGUUCCUGUUUGGGGAGACUGCGGCAGAUAAGCACGAGCUCGAGCUGCCACCUUCCUCUUCUGUGACUUCCUCCAGCCCACAUGAGGGCGAUUCGCCACCCCCGAAGAAGCGGCGCCGAUGGAGAGAAACUGAGCUGAGUCAUUUGCUGGAGACGAGUCCUUUCUUGGAGUCCAAACUGAGAAGUUCUUCCUCUUCAAACUCCACGUCCCCUGCAGAUCAAGAUUGUGGGAGUAGCAGCAGUGGACGUGAGUCACCUUACAAAAAUGGACAACGUCUCGUCAAUAAUCAUUCUUCACCAUCGCCGAACAAGAAACGGGUCAAUAUUAAGCUCAAAUUUGAUCAAGAGCGACGACCGCAAAAGUACAAAAACGGAAACUCCUCAUCCGCUGAACCAUCACCACAAAAAGGGAGGAAAAAUGGAAAAGUUGUCAAAAGUAUGAAAACCUUUCGUCGACGAUUUGAAGACAUUUCAGAAGAAAAGUCGGCAGUGACGUCGGCGACAACAACAACACAAAAUGUUGAAGAGUCUGAAGGUCUUCGCGACUUUGGUGCAAGUUCUUUCAUCAAUUUUAACUGUGAGCUUUUAUCUCCACGCUCGAAUAACUCGGUGGAUAAGGCGUUACAACUUCGAGAAACGCUGGAGCAAGUCAAGUGGACGUAUUCCUUUGAGACUCCAUGUGUGGAUGAGAGUUGGUAUUCCACGUUCAACCGAAGAGCUGACUUUAUCCUGUCCUACAAGUCUUUCCUCGUCCCACCAACCUUCUCCGGCCCACCCAUCCUCCUCCCCUAUCAGCUCGACAAGUCCCAACUCCUCCGCCGAUCUCGAAAAAAGAAACUUGCAAAAAAUUCGAGAAAGUCGCCCCGUUGUCACGCCUCCACGCUGGCAAUCCUGUCCUCCACGGACACCCCACUCGUCGGUGCUGCCACUACUUGUUCUUCUUCAGAGUCUCCGCUGUCCUCACCGUCCAAACCUUCAUCGUCGGAGCUCCACCAUAAUCAUCAUCCCCACAACCACAGACCAUCACUCCCACCAAUCUCCGCCCUCCACUCGGCUCCUUGUGAUGCAUCUCUGGAAGCUCUGUUAAUCUCGACACAUUCAACCGCACCCCAGCCCGUCCCACCACUCCUUUCGCCCUUCACCAAGUUCGUGUCUGAGAAUUCAGUGCGGAUUACCCGAAAACGAAACUCUUCCGCUCAGGACCCAUAUCUCCUCUACCAACGGACGCAACAACAGCAAAGUAGCAGUAGAGCUGGUGCUGUGUCCGCUGCUGCUCGGAGUCAAAGUCAGCAGGAAGACGUUCUCACGGCGCAGCAGUACUUGUGGGACUCGAUUCAAUUCCUCUCCGACCCUUAUGUCGUGUCCAUCUUGGCCGGUGACGAUCCCAUGGCACACCUCACGACGAGCACCACCAGCACCGCCGCCCAACCAUAUGCAAAUGCAAACAACAACAACAGGUGUUCAAAUAAGGUGUCAUCAAUUUCCACCAGGACGCGUCACGCUUCCUCAAAGUCGGUUGGUCGUGGUGGGCAACCAAAUGUUCCACCACCAAAGGGAAGUCCUGCCAAGGGGAGUGGUGGCUCCACUAGUACAAAUAAUAACGGCAUAAAUGGGAAGAAUGGGCUCGUGACGACUGUGCCGCAUCCACUCCGGUCACCACCUCCACAAAAUACGAGAUCUUCUUCAAAUAAGCCACCAAUGUCACCCACGCUUUAUCAUUACAACCACAACAACACUAAAUCUCCUGUCGUGGCCAUGACGGAUAUCUUUAAAAAGCAGCACAACAAGAAAUCCCGUGGGAGCCUGGUGAUUGUAGGCGAGGAUAAAGAAGAAGAACUACUCUUUGUGGGCGACGGCCUCCCAGCCCUCCCGUCCUGGUAACAGCACGUGCAUGUCGGUACGAAAUCCGGUGAUGGUGUCGUUAGUGGGGCAGCUAUGCCGCAGUGGUCUCAAUUCUAGCCAAAUCCAUCGGGAAAAAACUUUGAAAGAAACUUUAUGGUGUUCAGCAAUUUGUUUCAGUAGAUUUUAAAUCAUGCAUUAUAUUUUAAUGGUAAAGCUCUUUGUACAUAAGUUACUUACGGUAAGGAAUGUCGACUUUUAGUUGGGUUUCAAAAAUUAUUGUAUUCAAUACAUGUUCACCUCCAGUCCAAUCCUAACUAAUUAUUUACAUGUAUUAGGUAGGAUGUUUUUUUUACAUCGGUUGAUUUUUUUUUAAUUUUGACUCCCGUUGGCGUUGUUAUCAUUUUAAAGAAACAGUAAUAAUUUUGAGCAGAUCUAUCAACACAUUAUUCUAACAUUGAGACGACAUAAUUUAAUACCAAAGUAUAAUUAUUUCCUCAUCAACGUUAGGAGCCCCAUUUUGGGCUAAAAAUGAAAGAGUCGAGUCGAUACACUUUAAUCAGCGUUAUUGCCAAUGAAUAAUAAGGGACAUCGAUCAAUUGACUGUAUUAGCAAAUUGACUGCUCAAAACAUUUCUCUACAUUUUGCAGGGAUGGACAAAAUACUUUGUCAAAAUACAGUAUUUUGAGCUCUGUUCUUCCCAGGGGUUAGAUUUCCGGGGCUGUUACACCCACAAAAAGAGGAAAAUCUACGUGAAGAAAACAACUGUCAAGUAAAAAUACAGGUUUUUCUAAGAAAUUAGCCUUUAUCGCUGUCAAAACACAUUUAAUUUCGCGAUUUUCAAAAAAUAAAGUAUUUUGACAGCGAAAAAAGUAAAUUUCUGCAUAAAACCUGUAUUACUGUUGCCUUCUCCGGGUAGAUAAUCAUCCUUUUGUGGGUGUAACAGCCCCGAAAAGCCAAAUUUUGAGAAGAACAGAGCUUAAUGUAUUUUGACAAAGUAUUUUGCUUAUCCUUGCAUUUUUGUUUACUCAACUAACAUUAAUUACGGCGUAGUUUUAUUUAUUGACGGAUUUGGAAAUAGGAUGUGACUUCUUAAUUAAAAUUGUAUUGUAUUAGUUUUUUGAUUGGCUGAAUUAAAUAUGCUUUCCACUCUCCGUAUUCAAUGACAGGAUUACAUGCAUCAAUAUUUUAUCAGACGCAGAUUUGUAUUGCAACUUUUAUUUAUGCAUUGCUUAUAUUUUGUAACUUAUUAUAAAAACUAGUUAUAAUUUUUUAAGGGAAAUAUUAUGAAUAUUAUUCAAGGGAACCGUGAUGUUGGAACUGUGCUUUAAUGCCAACUCUCUCGUAUGUAUUUUAUUAAGGGUAGUGCAGUAAAGUAUUUAAGAACCAAAAUUAAGGGUAUUGGAAUCUAUCGGGUGUAGGAAAAAUAAUAUAAAUUAGACUGGAUAUUAUCAAAAUAGGUAGUAAAUUUGCUAACGAAAUCUGUUUAAUCAUUCAGAAAGUACGAAUUAGAAUCAAAAUUGUUACGUAAUUCAUAAAUGACUAAAAUCCAAUAACUGGACUAUCCUCGCUUUAACUAAAGUAAAAGGAUCACUGGAUGUAUAAUUAAUGAUACGUUUUUGUGGUCUGUUCUUUUCGUGUGGAUAUAAAUAAAAAGAAAGGGUAACGUUUAUAGCUAUGUUCUUAAAUGUUCGCAAUAUCCACGUUAAAUCAGCCAGUCGUUAUCGAAUCCAUUAUUUUGACGCCCAUUUUGUACCGUAUCCCCGAUUCUUACAUGUCCUAAGGGAAGUUCCAUCAGUGAACUAAGUAACAAAACCAAUAGUUAAAUUAUAUAUUAUGAUAGCUCCAACUGUUUUUAUAUUGCAUAAAAUGUGGAUAUAUGUAUUGCGGUGGUAUGGUAUUCCCUUAACACUAAAGUUUUGUACACACUGCCAUUUGUACCAUGUAUAUACAUACGUUUAUAUAGAAAAUAAAAAAGUAUUGGGUAUCAUCUCAAAUAAUCAAUCACAGCAA